AUGGAGCUCCAGUCCUCGUCGUCGUCGUCGUCGCGCUCACGCCGUCGAAGACGAAAGUCUGCGACUCCAGCGCCGCCACCAACGCACAGUGUGGCGUGCCUCCACAGUGCGACUCCCACGACGCCGCUGCAGGCCUCCACCGCGGCGCCGGCGACGCCGUUGGCAGCCACGCCCUUCUUUUCGCCUGCAGCGCCUCAGUCCGAGGACUUCAGGCAGUGGGCGCUGCUCUCGCCCUCACAGGCCCGAUCGUUCCUCCGCACACCGCGCGUCACGGCCGCUUCGCCGUCGCCCACGAGUGCUGCCGCGCCGGUGGCGGUGGCGGCGCCGGCAGCACCGAAUCCGCUGGCUACGCUGCCGCCGUGGGCGCUGCGGCUGCUGGCGAUGCAGCAGCGCGCGCUGCUGGCGCUUAGGCAGUCGCUGCACGCCGCGCGCGCAGACGCUCGCUCGCUCGCCUGCGCGCUCGCCGACGCCGACGAGGAGCUUGCGCUGCGUGCAAGCGGAGGCCGCGCCGCCGCGCCGGCAACCCCGCGCGGCGAGGGGCUGGGCGUCGUGGCGGACCAUCGCGGAGCCCAGCCGGCACUGGGCCCAUGCUGCGCCGCCGAUCCGCUCCACGCGUGGUACGCUCCGCGCAGCGGCUCGGGCGAGCUUUCGGCGCUGCCUCCGGCGCCGGCGGGACGGCUGGCAUGGGCCGAGGCGGAGGCGCUCUCGCUGCUGCUGGACAUCUACAACUGGCUCCUCGGACAGGGCCCGCCCUUCUCGCGGCGCGCGUUCUGGCUCGAGGCACGCGGCUGCUCCCUCAGCGGCCACUCCCUCGCUCUCCUCCACUCCUCGUCGCCGUCCGCAGAGGAGGGCGCAGCGGCGGCGCUGGUGCUGCAGAGCGAGCUGCGGCGGGCGCGGGACGCGAUCAACCUGAGGCUGAUGCGGACCAACGUGGCGAUGGCCCACGCCGAGUCGUCCGCAACUUGGGCCGACGCAGCCGAGGCGAUGUUCGGCUGGCUCCAGGCGUGCGCCCCCUCGCCCCGCCCCCGGUUCCCAUCGCUCCCCUCGCUCCUGCCACCGAUGCCGCUCUCCGCGUGCCUCCGCGGAGGCGGCGGCGUGGUCCGCUUGAGCGCGCCGGCGGGGCAGCGGUUGUACGCCCUCAACGACACGGGGGCAGAGGUGCGCGUCGCCGUCUCGCCGUGCGAGGGCGGCGAAGUGGCGCCCCUGAGCGGCGACGGUCCGCUCUGUGGCGCGCUGCGGCUGCGGCUGCGAUUCGGCGACGCUCCCGGGCCGGCGGCGUCCAAGCCGGUGGACUUGGUGGUCGACGCGCAGCGCGUGGACGGCACCUCACAGUACAACGGCGAGUGCGAAGACGACCUGGAGGCGGCGGGGCCUUGCCAGGGACGCGGCCAGCGGCCGCAGGCGGAGGAGGGCGCUCGCGGCGACAACCCGUUUGCUCGGCCAGAGGUGGGACGGUGCUUCGAGGUUGAGGAGGGGGCCGCUGCGACGCCGACGUCCGAGAGCAGCCUCAGUCCGCACGCCGCCGAGCCGCUCCUCCGCCAGGAGGGCCACGGCCUGUCGCACGCCGAGCAGGCGGGCGUGAGGGUGGGCAGCACUUGGGAGAGCCCGUCCACACGGGUGGCGGCGGGCGAGCGCUGCAGCCCAAAGGCCGCCCCGUGGCAGAUCGAGCGAGCUGGCACGCUCCUCCGCCGCGCUGAAGAGGCGUGGGCGGCGCAGGCAAAGUCGCUCGCGCAAGAGUCGGAGGCCUCGGACUGCGCCGCGGGCGGCGGUGAGACGCGACUGUCCCCGACCUCUCCGCCGACCGGCGGUGACGGCGUGCCCGUCGCCACGAUUCAGCUGCACGGCCCUACCGAGCGCGCGGCUGCUCUCGCGCUAACCAAGGCCGCGAACGGCGUGGCGAGCCUCUCCUCCGGGCGCACGAGCCUCGCGCGCCGCGCGACCGCCGCCCUCUCACGGUUGCCGCUCAAGUCAGAGGCCAAGGCGCUCGAGUCGCGCCGCGAGCUGCUCGUGGGCCUCUUGCUCCACCCGACCGCCGGUGCCGCCGCAGCUGCCACCGCCGAGGCGAGCGCUGCCGAGUGGGUCUCUUCGGUCGCGGCGCGCGUCGUAGCGGCUCCGGCGGCGGCACGGCCGCGCGAGCUGCGUGGGCUGCAGGCGCCGCGCGUCAGCAUGGUUGUCGAAGCGUUUCGUGCCGCGUCGGCAGCUUCGGGGCCGAAGGAGUCGGCUGAGUGGGAUGGCCCGGCCCUUGCCGCCGCCGCCACUCGGCUCGAAGGUGUUUGCUCUGCCCUCAAGAAGUUGGCACGGGCAGAGGCGCCGCCGCGAGCGACGACGCACCCGAGGGUCUCGCCCAGGGGGAGCACUUCGUCCAAGGGGGGUGCCGCGGGCAGCACGGCCCGUUCGCCGCUGCAGCCAAUCGACUCAGCGCACAGCGGCGCGAACGCAAAGACAACCGACUCCGCGGAGGGCGCCACGGCGUCGCUUAGGCAGGAGCCUACGGGCGGCGCGCCCACGAUGCCCCAGGCGCGAGACGCAGAUGCGGCAGCCGCGCAAGAUGCGGAUCCGGCAGCCGCGCAAGAUGCGGAUGCGGCAGCCGCGCCGGCUGCACCUCCCAAGCCGGCCGCGGUAGCCGCCGCCGUGCCUCCGGCCGCCACGCCUCCGGACGCGCAGUUGGAGCAGGAGCGGAAGCGGCUGUUCGCGCGCCGCUGCUCACGCGAGGCGGCGCGCUCGGCGGCGCUGGUCGCUACGAGGUCCGACGCCACAGAGAUCGGGGCCGCCGCUCCAGCGGGCUUUGCCGAGCAAAACGGCGCCGCCGCCGCCGUGGGGCUUGCCGCAGAGCACCGCGGCGGCGGUGGGCUGUCACAAGAGGCGGUGGCCGAGGCUCUCGGCGUGGACUAG